UGAAAAUUGAAAAAAAAAAAAAAACCAUUUAGUCGUCGCCGUCGUCUCCCUCUCUCGCCAGAUCGCCUCCUCCUUCCUCAUCGCAGAUCCACCGUCAUCGCCUAAUCUUUACAAAAUUGGCGUAGCUAUGGACCAUCUCCCCGUUGAAGUCAUCGGAAACAUCCUCUCACGCCUCCGCGGCGCGCGCGACGUCGUCAUAGCCUCCGCAACCUGCAGAAAAUGGCGCGAAGCUUACCGCAAGCAUCUCCACACGCUCUCAUUCAACUCCGCGGAUUCCCCGUUCUACCGUGACCUCUCAACAAACCGCCUCGAGAUCCUCAUAACUCAAACCAUCUUCCAAACCACCGGCCUCCAAGGCCUUUCCGUUAUGAUGGACGACGCAAACAAAUUCUCCGCCGCAACCGUCAUCGCGUGGCUGAUGUACACUAGAGACACCUUACGCUGGCUAUCUUAUAACGUCCGUACGACGCCGAACGUCAACGUUCUUGAUAUCUGCGGGAGGCAGAGGCUUGAAGCUUUGGUUCUGGCUCAUAAUUCGAUAACCGGUGUUGAACCGAGUUUCCAGAGGUUUCCUUGUUUGAAAUCUCUUUCGUUGAGUUACGUUAGUAUCUCGGCCUUGGAUUUGAAUCUUUUGCUUAGUGCGUGUCCCGUGGUUGAGUCUUUGGAGCUUGUGAGUCUUGAGAUUGCGAUGUCUGAUGCGCAAGUGACGAUUGAGUUGAGUAGUCCCACUUUGAAGAGUGUUUAUUUCGAUGGGAUUAGUUUGGAUAAGUUUAUAUUAGAGGCGGAUUGUAUUGAGUUUUUGCAUAUGAAAGACUGUGUUCUUGAGCUCUUUGAGCUUAUUGGAAACGGGACGUUGAAGCAUUUUAAGCUUGAUGAUGUGAGUGUUAUACAUCUUGAUAUCAUGGAGACUAGUGAUAGCCUUGAGGUUGUUGAUGUUAACCAUUUCACUAUGGUGUGGCCGAAGUUCUAUCAGAUGAUUUCGAGAUCGCAGAAUCUGAGGAAGCUUCGUUUAUGGGAUGUGGUGUUUGAUGAUGACGAUGAGAUCAUUGAUCUUGAAUCAAUUGCUGCUGGUUUCACGCAGUUGACUCAUCUUUCGUUGAGCUACGACUUGAAAGAUGGAGCUGCUCAUUAUAGUUUGCAAGGGAACACUUUGUUGGAGAAUGUGACUGUGUUGGAGCUUGGAUGGACUGUGAUCAACGAUGUUUUCUCGAUAUGGGUCGAGGAGUUGCUGAGAAGAUGUCCGAAUCUGAAGAAGCUGAUUAUUUAUGGGGUUGUUUCAGAGACGAAAACGCAGGGUGAUUGUCAAAUUCUGGCGACGUUCACGUGGUCUAUUGUUCAACUCAUGAGGAAAUACAUUCAUGUCGAGGUACAAUUCGAGUAUGAGUAAUCGGUUCCUUCUUCUCGACGCUGUUGAAUACAAGUUGAAGUUUUGUAAAGAUUCAGUUUUGAAUUUUUCUUCAACUCAGUUCUCAGGUUACUUUAAAAUGCAUUUUUCGUUCCCUCUGUUCCUUUUAUGUUUCACAUUUUUGGCUCUGCAGACCGGAAUUAAACCGGACUGAUAAAUGCAUUCUGUUAUACGAGAAUCGGAAAUUUGUUGGUUACCUGAACCGAACAGGUUCUUAGAUGGAACUUAUGUUUUGGAAAUAGAAAACAUUUUUUCA